GUGUCUAUCUUAAAGAUUUUGACGAGAAGUUAAGAAAGCAUAACUCUCCAUUAACAAUGGAUUCUGCAACUGUGGCGACUUCCGGUAUUGUAUCGACCGGUUCUCAUGGUGCAAGAUGUGCAAAUUCAAAUACUCCAGAUUCUAGCACACAAUGUCUUGAAAACAGAAAUUAUAAACUUUGGGUAAAAACUUGCAAGAGAACUGAUUUAAGUGUUACAGAAAAUGAGGCCGAAGCGAAUGUGGUGUCUGUCUUCCAAAAUUUUGAACUCAAAUUUGGAGAAUAUCUUUAUGAAUUCAUUUCAAAGCAUCCAGAAUCUACACCAUUUAUUACUCAUCUUCUCUUUAAUGUUGGAUUUCAUGAAAGUGAAAAGAUUGUACAACCACCUAUCACAAUUCAUUAUCAGGCAGGUAUCGAUAACCUUCCUUGCAUGGACCUUGAGUUUGCCUUCAAGAUCAACGAUGAUUUUUCAAAUGUUAUCGAAGAAUUCAAUUAUAUUAUUAAACGGAUUUAUGAAAUGGCUGCAGAUAAUAAAUUUCCGGUGUACUCUAAUAACAAAAAUAAAGAAUGA